AACAUUGUGCACCAUCUCGUGACAGCGCGUGAGCGCAGUAGCAUCGUCGUGCCGCUCAUUGCACGCGCUCGGCUGCGCUACUGCUGUGGACACGGGCUGCCAAGAUCAGGCCCCAGGGGUUUCCGUUGCGGACCAAAGCUGUGUAGAUCGGCAAGAGGCUCUUUCAACGGUAUCCUCAGUGGGAACCGUGGCUAAGGCCUGACCAUGCCGGAAGCGGAGGUUGAAGAGUGUCAGGAGGACGACGAUGCAAAGAAAAAGAAGAAAGGCAAAAAGAAAGGCAGCAAAGGAAAAGGAAAAAAAGGUGGCAAGUCGAAGAAAGGAAGUAAGGGAAAGAAGGGGAGCAAGGGAAAAGGAAAGAAGGGAAAGAAAGGUAGUAAAGGCAAGGGAAAGAAAGGGAAGAAAGACAAAAAAGGAAAGAAAGGAAGCAAGGGCAAAGGUAAAAAGGGCUCCAAGAAAGGGAAAAAAGGAGGAAAAGGCAAGAAAAGCGGCAAAAAGGGCAGCAAGAAAGGGAAAAAGGGAAAGAAAGGAAAGAAGAAAGCUGAAGCCGAGGAAACUCCACCUUCAGCAGAAGAGAGUAAACCAGAACCAAAAGCUGGAGCCGUGCAGCCAUCUCCAGCAGCUUCACCAGCUCCUGCACCUCCUGCAGCCGCGUCACCUGCUCCUGCGGCAACAGCAGCGGCACCUCCACAAAAACCCUCAGCAGCACCAGGUGCUCCGGCAGGUGCUAGGCCUACGACUGCUGCUCCGCAAGCUAUGCAACCUAUGGCUCGAGGCCCGGGAUACCCAAUGGGAUACCCAGCGAUGUCUAUGUAUCCACAAAGCAUGGGGCAAGCUGUAGCCUUCCAACCGCAAAUGCGGGCGCCAUAUGGAACAAGCUCGGACAUCACUGACUACACAAGGGGAUAUGGAACAGAAGACACCUCAUCAGCUACAACUUUCGGGGCCAAGCGACCAGGCGUGGUAGUUGACGUCAAGUAUCGGCGCAGGCCCAGAUUCGAGACCCCUUCCUAUACGUCGCUUGAAACCAGUGCCGCGCCGGAACAGUACUACAGACAAGGAACGUAUCCGUCGGGUGCGGGCUACUACAGCGACACUGAAAGUACAACGACCUACUACGAUGUGACUACGGCCAACGAAAGUAUUUCAGCCACAGUGAUUAGUGAAAUCGGAGGAAGGCCGCCGGUUGUUUCAAGUGACGCCUUAUAUGGAGCGCCUGGCAUGAAUCAGAUGCAGCAGUUUGUUCAAGGCCUAGCGAACACACAGUAUCCCGACCUUCCUCCGACGAUACAGAUCCACAUGCAACCACCAGCGGAGCCGGUAUACCAGGAGCCUCCGAAACCAAUCAUUAUUCACCAUCAGCAACUUCCACAAGCGCCACAGGAACAACCUCGCCUCACACGAUCAGCAUCUCAAGACCUCAGCGCGUCAAAGUCAUCUCGACGAAAGCGACUUAAGCGCAGAAAGCAUAAACGACGCCGGCGAAGGUCAAGGCUAACGGCUGAUGCGGAGCCCAGAACUCCCAUCAUAAUACAUACCCAAACACAGCCACCAUCCUUUUCACCACCGCCACCUUUCACCACGCGUUCACCAUUUAUGAUCAGCCCAAUGGAGCAGAUGCUGGCACAAGGACCGGAGACGCCCGCCAUGAUACAACGUUUGGCGGCUCAGCAAGAAGAACUGCAGAUGCUCAAAGCGAACCAACAAGCGCUGGAGAGAGAGCUCCAGCGGCAGCAGUUUCUGGACCAAUCACAAUUUCGGCAGCAACAGACGUCAUAUCCUCAGCAGCCAAUGGCAGGCCAGAUGCCGUAUGAAGAUCCAUUGUCACCGUCUGACGAACGGUAUAAGCUGCAAGUACAAAUCAAUAUGGCUGACAAGGAUGAGCAACGACCACAGACAACGCAGCAGCCUCAGCAACAACUCCCUCGGCCGCAGCAAUACACAUUUCAACCUCCACAGCAAAAUCCGCCACGACAAUUCCCGCAGGAGCAACCGCAGCAGGUUCAACAGAGUCCCUCGCAGCCCCGCCUUGUAGAACGAGAGAUAUUUGUUGUGGAACCGCCGCGAGAUGAAGACUCACGUAUCCAGAUCCGACGUCGAAAACGUUCACCGAGGGCAGUAUCAGGCACUUCAAUAGAAUCACGAGAUUAUGGCCGGCGGCAAAAAGACGUUUUGCGCCAGUUGGAAUCAAACCAACUGCAGCAACUUCUACAACAGCCCUUGUUGCAACAGUCGAGUGUGCAGCAGCAGCUCGACCAGCAACGGCUUCAACUUCAGUUGCAACAGCAGCAGCUUCAACAGCAACAAUUACUCCUUCAGAAGGCGCAGCUUCAACAGCCACAAAUGCAGAUUGGUGACCUGAUGGGAUUGCAACAGCCACAAGAUCUCAUGUUACAACAAAAUCGGGCGCUAACGCCUCAGCAGCGGAUGGUUCUCCAGCAGUUGCAGUUACCACCAUCUGAACUUCAGUUGUUGCAACAGAACAUCGUGCUUUCACCAUCGCACCGAUACCUCCUUGAGAAACACAUGGAUAAAUUGAUGCAGGUGCUUCCUCCAGCGCAGCGGCGACUACUGCAACUUCUUUUACCGGAUUACCAGCGUGGGAGUCAGCUGCCUUCAUAUGUACCGCAUGAGCCGCCUCUGGUUCCACCACAAAGCCCCAUGGUCUUUCAAAAUGCAAUGCCAGAACCGCAGAAUCCUCUCGUCAUAACGCAUGAAACAUCAUCGUUACUGGACUUGAGAAAUCCCAUCGUUGUUCGCCAAAAGACCCAAGCUACCGUAGAUCCUUCCCAACCUAUUAUCAUUUGUCAUAAAGCCAAGGCGGCAGACCAGGGAUUGGAGUCCACCGCCUGUGUUCAACCACGGCGUAGUAGUCGAGAAAAAGCACGCCGAAGAAAGAGUCGUGGUCGCGGGCGAUCAAGCCCGCUUGGUUACUCCCAAAGCGAAAGCCCCCCUAGCAGCAACCCGCGCCUAAGCCCCCGAAGCAGUUCAAGUAGCGGGAACAGGCGGCGUUCUUCAAAGUCAAGGCCGGCAUCUCCGCCGCCUCCCGUGGUCAUCCACCAACAGGCUACGAAUGACUCCUCCAUGCAACCACCUCUAAUAAUACACACUCAGCUGCAGUCUCCUGGAUCACCGUUACCGUACCAGUCUAUGCCGUCUCCACCAUUCAUGUGUUCUCCCGCUCCCCCCUACAUGCCGAUGGAUUCGCCAUCAAUGAUGAUGAGUUCGCAGCCAAAUUCAUUCAUGAUGCCACGGAUGAUGCCAAAUGUGAUGCAAAACAUGAUGCCAAUGAUGCCUCCAGCCUACUCUCAGGUCGCGUCUCCCAUGAUGCCGCCCAUAAUGUCCUCAUCAAUGAUGCAACCCCCAAUGCCGAGACAACAGCCUCAAGUCUCAACUUCUGAGAAGGUGUUCUAUCAAACAGAAAGGGGGCGCCGCUACGAUAGAGGUGAUAAUGAACGAGGCCGAAGGUACAGGUCGAGGGACAGGCGGUCCAGAAGAUACGACGACAUGUCAAGUUCUUCAUCGUCUACUGCGGAAUCUCCGAUAGGUUCACCGGCAUAUCAGCAGUCGCCACAGGACCCACUGCUCUCUCCAAUCCAGGGCGGAGGCGCAGGAAACGUCGGAUAUGGUAACGUCCAAAGUCAAUUCCUCGCGCAGACAGGAGGGAGCCAGCAGGACUUGAGCUCAAUUGAGAGGGCCAUAAGGAAGCUUUACAUGCAUCGAUACCCCAGUGACAUGGCGAGACCAUCAUUAUUUCCGGAGAGGUCGUUGAUAUUGAUAUUGGGAACGAUAUUCAUCUUCGCAGCAAUGCUGGUUGUGCUGGCCAUCAUAGGGUCCUCGUUUCCAUCCCUUUUGAAACCAGAGUCCCAUUCGCUUACUCCUGUUCUACCAACAGCCGGUCCUGGCCGAAAUAUGACGAAGAAAUAAGAAAAAAGAUGGAAAAGCUGUUUUGUUUAAACGUGUACGUGUACUGCCCCCACAGGAAACGAUCAAGGCUGCUUAUGCAGUUGUGACGCUGUCCAUAAAAUUAAAUGUCAGAAAUGGCAACAGUUCGAUCUACGA